CAGAAUGUUUGGUGAGGAGCAGUCUCGCUUGGGACGAGGAGAGAGCCAGGAGGAAACUUGAAGCUCAGGAGACGGGCAGGGAGCAAUGAAAUUGAACCGGAUAAAAAUUAGACACCAAUAUUUGUUGGCAUUCAUACAAGGGAUUCUAGUUCAUCACAGACAAAUGUUGUACUGAGAUGGACUUUUAUGUCAGUUGGCAGUUUAUUUUGGAUUCAUGGUUCUGGGGGUCUUUUUCUCCUAUUUCAUGUAGGAUUAAGUGAGGACAAAUAGCGAACUUUUCAAGAAGCGCCAUGAACUCAUCCAUCUUUCUCUAAGUUUCCUAAUUUUAAAUCACUUGGCGGGAGUCAUCUGAUGCCAACUGAGAAGACGUCUCCUUUAAGGGAACUUUGGAAGAAUUUGGUUCUGGAAACAUGAUCUCCAGACUCAGUGUCUUUCUUCUCUCGGUGCUCCUCAGUCUCCUCUCCCCCACCAAGGAGACCUGCCCAUCCAUGUGUCUCUGCACAUCAGACAUAGUGAGCUGCAGCUCCAGUGGUCUCACCAAGAUCCCCAAGUCACUGCCCUCUUUCUCCAUCACCCUCGAUGUCAGUCACAACCAAAUAUCCUGGCUUGGUCCGGGGAGCUUCAGCAAACUGUCCAGACUGGAAACCCUCUGGAUGGCCCACAACCAGAUCAGUAGCUUAGCCUACGGGGCAUUCCAGAAUGCCUCAAGCCUAAGAUAUCUUGACCUGUCUUCCAACAAGCUCCAAAGGGUUGAGCAGCACUAUUUCCAAGGACUGUGGAGGCUGGAGGAGCUCAUUCUUUUCAACAAUAAAAUCACACAGGUAGAAGCUGGCGCACUGAUGGGUCUGAGCAGCUUGAAGAAGGCCUACUUCAGCCUCAACCAGAUCACACAAUUCCCAUUUUUCUCCAUCCAAGACCGCAGCCACCCUUUCCUGACCAUGCUGGAUCUCUCAUCCAACCGUAUAACUCAUCUGCCGUUGCAGGAUGUGAAAGCAUUGCCGGGAUUGGUGCAGCGGGGGCUGUUCCUUCAUAACAACUCCCUAAUUUGCGACUGCUCCAUGUACAGCAUGUUCUGGCACUGGGAUCUCAGAGGGUAUGACUCGCAGAGGGAUUUCACAGACCAACACACCUGCAGCAUCUACGGGGACCCUCGAGCAUCAAUCCAGUUCCUGCGACACACUCGCUUUUUCAACAACUGCACCGUGGAAAGAGUCGUGUCACUGCCGGUGACAGUGCUCCUCUCCAAGGUGUUGGUUUCAGAGGGACAAAGGGUGCAUCUGGACUGCCACACAUCCCUGAGUAGCGCCAAUCUCUCAUUUACAUGGUUUUCCCCCAGCCAGGGGCACAUCACGCAGUCCAACGUCGAUGAAACUCCACUGACCUUGUUUGCUAAUGGUACUUUGGAGAUCCAAACAGCCAAGGUCAAUGACUCGGGCCUGUACGUGUGUACAGCGGUGGAUAUUAAAAAUGCACUGAAUACAACCAGAGAAAUAAAUGUGACAGUGCUUUUGCCUGAAGUGGAGUCAUUCAGUACAGGUUACACAACACUGCUGGGCUGCGUGGUGACUAUGGUCCUCAUCCUCAUAUACCUUUACCUCACCCCAUGUCGAUGCAGCUGCUGUAAACAGCCCAACCCUCCAGUUAUCCCCACUGCAACAUACCAACCGGAGAAUCCAGCGGCCAUUUUCUCCCCAUGUGCAGGAGGCCACAUUGACAAGCAUGCAGAAUUUAUCCAGCCUAUGUUGAUUGAUACGAGCAAUGCUCUGCACUCGUCCCCUUCAUCCAAACGCGCAUCUCUUCAGUGGGACUACUUCAGCAAGGUCCGAUUUGAUCAGCUCCCUUAUGAUCCCUGAUCUGAUUAAAUUAGAUCCGAAUUUGCUCAAAAGAAAAGGCUUGUAAGCACAUGAGAGUUGAUUCACAUCUUGACAGUCUCCCCUUCCAGCCGAACAACGUGAAAUCAUUUAGGCACAGCAAAACUAAAAUAUUUAUUAGUCAAAAGAAGAGUAGCUGAAGCACUCUCCACUAACAGCUUACAAGCAACUCACUAAAAUUCCAAUGCAAAAGAACUCGGGCUACAGAAGCAUGGCACUGUGAAGUAUGGCUUUUUUAUCACAUAAUAUUUUAAACUGUUAAUGAGAAAAGCGCAAGUGCCGCUGCGGGCAGUUGAGUGUCUAGUUUUCACUAUUCUAUGCACAGCUCAUUAGUUUCCAGCAAGCAGGUCGACUAAAGGGUCACAAUAUACAUGAACGAAUGGAGUUGCAUCAACAGUAGGGUAGAAAGGAAGAGAGGAAAAGUGGCAAGAUGUUUAAUAGAAGAAAAAGUUUACACUGCUCAGAUGGGAAAGAAAGUCUGCUGAUGUGGAUAAAUCUAAUUGGGCUCUUCGCACGUAGUCUCCUGACCUCAUAUCCCUUGUAGAUAAUACGGUUUACCAACUUCCGGUUUGGUAAACUAUGACUGCUUUGUUUUCAUUGUCUCGAGUAAUUGGCCAAGUACGAGUCUUAUAAAAGAAAGAUCUUUUUUUUUUCCCAUUACAAAAGCGACACAAACAAUAUCAUGUUUGUUGUGUUCCAAUGUGCAGAUUAGACACAGUGGACUCACUAUAAUAAAAGGAGAAAAAAAGACUUUUAAAGAAAGAAAUCCAGGAAGUAAAAAUUAACUCAACUCUACAUUUCAGUUAUAAAGAUUUGCCGAAUUCAAUCACAAUAUUCGCUUGCAUGGAUUUUGUUCCCACUAGUUGGAGCAAGAGAAACAUUGGGGUCAGAUUCAAUCAGGCCAUGCUUUUUGAUGAACAUAUUAAAACUGCAAUGCAUUUCUGCUUUUUCCACCUCCAAAAUAUUUUCAAACUUGGGUCCAUGUUUUUUCAUUCUCUACUGGGAAUUAUCGAUUUCGCCUUUGUCUGCUCACGUCUUGACCUUUUGUAACUCUCUCUUCACCAAUCUAAAUUAAUUUCAAUUUCAAUUUUUGUCUCCAUCCCCAAGGUUCAGCCACAUCACUCCCAUUCUGUCAUCCUUGCAGUGGCCCUUCAGUCGUCAUGAUCCUCCACACUUGGUGGUUCUGGUGUGUUUGUAUUUUAUUGUCAUGUUAGGUCAAUACAGUCUGCUGACUUCCUCUUACUGUCCCUCACAUGAGAUUAAAAAACUAAAGGUGAUAUGGCCUUGGAGUCCGUUUCUUCCAAAUUGUGAAAUGCACUUUCAUUUCACAAGAGCUGCCUCUUCUGUAGACAUUUUAAAAGACAAUUCAUUCCUGAUAAG